AUGGUACUUCACAACUGGAAGAGUCAUGCUAGUGACUACUGGAAGCUACUGCCUGUACAGUUUUUCACCAACGAAAGCAAGACACCUGCGGAGCUCAAAAAAGCCCUCAAGGGCUGGGGCUUCGUUUCCAGCAAGACCAUGUCUCAUGAUCGCGUAGGCAAGAUUGCGCGACAGAUAUUCUACCAUCUACCCUGCUAUGAAGCAUGGAAUCUCCACGAGUUACGAGCAUCAUGCGUAGGCCGACGGCUGGCGCCCCCAGCCAUAACCGGCUGUUCGCCUCGUGUCGACCUCAUUCGCAGACUCGAGACUGCCGAUAAGAGCCAGACACUCGACAAGUUCAUGGAAAUUCCGCCAGAACUUCGUAUCGUCACUUACACGAUGCAUUUCGAAGACAUUGACCAGAUCCGCGUUGACAACGCGAUUCCUGCGCAGCCACCCAUCACCAAAGUCUCGAGUAUGGUCCGUCAUGAGAGCUUGCCCUUGUUUUACGAUACUUGCAGAUUCGGUUUCUGGUUAAGCGAAAGAGAAGGGAUUGAAGACUAUGACGGGCCUACGGAGCCAUCGAACAUGUGGUUCAUCGAGGCAGCUGCGACGUUGACUGACCCGCAUGGACUCAGAGCGCCAGCACAGCCUCUUGGCGGUUCAUUGACACACCUACGUGUGGGCGGCUGGGUUCGAGGCAGAGGAAUAGCCGUGACUGGCGGACGACUAGGUGGGUGGAUUCGCUACGAGGUCAAGUACCAGAACACCGUGAACGGCGUCGGUAUGACUGUAGAGAGGUGUUUUUCGGAUGGCCCGGAGGAACUGGAUCUAUACGAGUAUGAACCACAACGGGCUGAUGAUGCGAUGGAGUCUCGAGCUGCGCAUCUGCUUGGAAUAUUUCGACAGCGUGGCGACGAGCUUAUGCUGCAGUCGACUGACGUGGCGGAGUUCGAGAAUUUGGGGUUCAACCUCGAGUGA